CAAAUAAAAAGGGGGAAAAGAAAUACAUACAUAACACACGGUAAAAUCCAGAAAACCAAAGCAACAAAAGGAGGGGAAGUAGACUUCUUCUCUAGCAGCUCAUGAUUGCUUUCUCUCUCUCCACCACAAUUCUGAUUAUAUUCUUUCUGUUUUCCUUUCGCCCUUUUUCAGCCAAAAUUCCAUUGACAUGUAUGCCUUCUCCUCCUCCUUUCUCCCUUCAUUUCCGUCAUCCAAACUCCUCUCUCCUGCCAUCCGUACACAGUCAUACGUUCCUGUCCGCAACGCUUCCUCUCAUGGAACUGAAGAAAAGCCUCAAAACAUUUCCACAACUGCCAAAAAAACUCCCAAUAUCCCAAAUUCCUCUCCUCAGCCUAGAAAGGUUGCUGCCCCAGCAAAGAUAAGGGUAGAACCCACGAUGUGUACGGUCAUUUUUGGUGCAUUUGAUGACUUUAUCAACAGAUUCAUAGACCCUCCCAUCCGCCCCUCAGUCGACCCCAGACAUGUCCUCUCUCAUAACUUUGCUCCAGUGGAUGAGCUUCCUCCAACUGAGUGUGAAGUGGUGGAAGGAUCCCUACCACUGUGGCUGAACGGUACGUACAUAAGAAACGGCCCGAAUCCUCAGUACUUUCCUCGUGGACCUUUCCAUCUCUUUGAUGGUGAUGGUAUGCUUCAUUCCGUUAGAAUUUCAGAAGGUCGAGCCACCCUCUGCAGCCGCUUUGUGAAGACUUACAAGUACACCACCGAACGUGAUGCUGGUGCUCCUAUUUUUCCCAAUGUCUUCUCUGGCUUCAAUGGUCUUAUUGCCUCUACGGCACGUGCUACCUUGUCUGUUGCUAGAAUCUUAGCCGGUCAAUACAAUCCUGCAAAUGGCUUGGGUCUUGCAAAUACUAGUUUGACCUUCUUUGGCAGCCGUCUCUAUGCACUUGGUGAGUCUGAUCUGCCUUAUUCUGUGCACUUGACAUCUAAUGGAGAUAUAGAGACAUUAGGUCGCCAUGAUUUCAACGGAAAGCUCCUGAGGAGCUUGACUGCUCACCCCAAGAUCGACCCCGAAACCUGUGAGACCUUUGCUUUCCGGUAUGGUCCUGUGCCUCCAUUUCUAACCUACUUUUACUUCGAUGCAAACGGAAAUAAGCAUCCAGAUGUGCCCAUUUUCUCAAUGACACGUCCCUCAUUCGUCCACGAUUUCGCCAUCACAAAGAAUUAUGCCAUAUUCACCGACAUACAAAUUGGAAUGAACCCCAUGAAAAUUAUUUUGAGGGGAGGUUCUUUGAUGGGUUAUGAUCCGACCAAAGUCCCGAGACUCGGCUUCAUCCCUCGUUAUGCAAAAGAUGAGUCCGAGAUGAAAUGGUUUGAUGUGCCAGGAUUCAACCUUAUACAUGCCAUCAAUGCAUGGGAGGAGGACGACGGUAACACAGUAGUCAUGAUAGCACCGAAUAUGCUAUUCAUUGAGCAUGUCCUGGAGAGAGUGGACCUUACUCAUGCCUUGGUGGAGAAGAACAAAUAUGUAUAUGCAGCAAUAGGUGAUCCAUUGCCAAAAUUUACAGGAGUGGUGAAGUUGGACGUGUCUAAUGGUGAGUGCCGUGAGGGCACGGUGGCUACCAGGAUUUACGGGCCGGGAUGCUAUGGCGGAGAGCCCUUCUUUGUGGCGAAGGAGCCGGAUAACCCAGAGGCAGAGGAGGAUGAUGGCUACCUGGUGUCAUAUGUUCAUGACGAAAACACAGAAGAGUCAAGGUUCUUGGUGAUGGAUGCCAAGUCACCUGAACUUGAAAUUGUGGCUGCCGUGAAGCUGCCUGGUCGGGUGCCUUACGGCUUCCACGGGCUGUUUGUGAGAGAAAGCGACCUCAAUAGGGAAAAUGUUGAGGACACAUGGCAAGCUGUCAUAGGUGCCGUAACAAAGUUUGAUUCUAGGUGCAGCGAUAAGAUUAGAUUCCUUUCAACUGAGCCAGCUGCCUCCCAGUCAAAUCUCUGGAAGAACCCUUCCUCAUUUUCACUUUCCCUCUCUGGAAAAAUUCCCUCCAAAGCUCCAACCCUAAAGAUCAAUUUCCCUCCUAAUGCUACAACUCCAAAGAUCAAUUUCCCUCCAUCCCCACCUAAUCUUUCAUGGAUUUUUAUCAAUUUUUCUCAAGUAUAAAAGCUUUUUCACCUGUUUUUUUUUUCUCAUUCUCUUAAAAAUCAAUCUCCUUUUUCUACCUCUCUUUUUCCUUUCUCAUCUAAUCAUCUUCUCUGCUCAUCACUACUGCCGCUUGGUGGUAGUCAUAAGCCUUACAUUCCCUUUGUACUCGUCAGCAUUGAAGGUGAAAAGCUCAACCCUCAUGUCAUUGGCAAAGCUUGGCCUUAUUUCUGUGAAGAGCUAGCCCCACCAAGAGAAAUAGGAGGUGAAUCGGAGAAUUACAAUAACAAUCCUUGAACACAAUUGGAUUUAAUUGCUCAAUCUAGUGCAGGAUUCGAGAAAGGUAUUAUGAAACCCUAGCGCAAUGCUUUCCAUUUUCGUCUUUAUUGAAAUCUAUAGCAUCUUACAUCUAACUUCUUGGCUUUUUUGGAGGGUUUCACUAACUUUGACAAUUGGAUAGCUUUUGGGGCACUUUUAACUUGAUCAAGCUGCUGCUACUACUUGCUUGAACAGCUUUGCAUAUAACCAUAUAACAUCAGUACAUAGUUUGGGCACUUAACAAAAUACACAUAGAAAGUUGCAUCUCAUUUCCUUUUUUGAUAAUGGUAGAUGCGUAUUUAUUAGUUAGUGGUUAUUGUAAGUGUUUUUGUUUAGUUAUCACUCCAUCAAUCAUCAAUCUAGAUUGUUGAAUGAUAGGAAGUAUUGUUACAAGUUGAUGGGGUGCUAUUAACUUGGUUUUGUACUUUCAAUGUGAACUUCAAUCUGAAAUGAUGAAUAAAUGUAAGUAUUAUGC